AUCCCUCUCUUCUCUCGCAUGCUCGCUCUGAGCUGGUUGGGCUAGAGCACGGUGAUCCCACAGACACACAGGCGCGUGCACACACACACACACACAUACAUGCACACACACACACACCCACUGCCACGCAGGCUCGCACACACACACUCACACACACGCACACAGGCGUGCGAUAGCGCCUCAGUCACACGCGCAGCGUCCUCCUCCUUGUCGUCGUUGUCGGUGCUGGUGGUAGCGGCAGCCACAGGGACGGGCGAACACGGCCGUACCGAGACGGUCUCUCUGCCCAGGGCACCAUGGCGCAAGCCGCCAAGCAGCUCAAGCAGAGAAAGGACCUAGCCGAGGCGGCCGCCGCCGAGCUCCGCGAGAAGGAGGAGGAGAAGCUCAAGAAGAGGAAUAGAUCCAGGGACCGCCGGCGCAAGGCCCAUGUGGUCCAGCGCUGGCUAUUCGAACAGGACAGUAGUGUGAGGUCUGAGAGAGGCUCGUUGGAGGCCCGUGGAAUAUGGCACUUUGAUGAAAGAGCGGAUGCUACAACUAGUUACCUGCGAGCAGCUCGUUCGGGAAACUUGGACAAGGCCCUAGACCACAUCAAGAAUGGCAUAGACAUCAAUCUAGCCAAUCAGAAUGGGCUUAACGCCUUGCACUUGGCGUCGAAAGAGGGGCAUGUCAAGAUGGUGCUGGAGUUGUUACACCAUGGCAUCAACUUGGAGACCACCACAAAGAAAGGGAACACGGCUCUCCACAUCGCUGCGCUGGCUGGCCAGGAGAAGGUGGUGGCCGAGCUUGCCCAUUUUGGCGCCAACGUGAACGCCCAGUCACAGAAAGGCUUUAGUCCUCUCUAUAUGGCCGCUCAGGAGAACCACCUGGAGGUGGUGAAGUUCCUGCUGGAGAACGGAGCCAAUCAGAGUCUGCCGACAGAGGAUGGCUUCACGCCACUGGCAGUGGCGCUCCAGCAGGGCCACGAGAACGUAGUCGCUCUCCUCAUCAACCACGGCACCAAGGGCAAGGUGCGACUGCCAGCCCUGCACAUCGCGGCGCGCAAUGAUGACACGCGCACUGCUGCAGUGCUGCUGCAGAAUGACCCCAACCCAGAUGUCCUAAGCAAGACUGGUUUCACUCCUCUGCACAUUGCGGCUCACUAUGAGAACUUGAGCGUGGCUCAGCUCCUCCUAAACCGAGGCGCUAAUGUUAACUUCACCCCCAAGAACGGCAUCACACCUCUGCACAUAGCGGCCAGGAGGGGGAAUGUCAUCAUGGUCCGUCUACUGCUGGACAGAGGGGCACAGAUUGAUGCCAAGACCAAGGUAUCCUGCAGAAAUGAUGAUGAGCUCACCCCGCUGCACUGUGCGGCCAGGAAUGGCCACGUGCGGGUCAUCGAGCUCCUACUGGACAUGGGAGCCCCAAUCCAGGCCAAGACCAAGAAUGGUUUGUCUCCCAUCCACAUGGCGGCCCAGGGGGAUCACAUGGACUGUGUGCGUCAGCUGCUGCAGUAUAACGCUGAUAUCGACGACAUCACACUGGACCACCUGACGCCCCUCCAUGUAGCGGCCCACUGCGGGAACCACCGCAUGGCCAAAGUCCUGCUGGACAAAGGGGCCAGGGCCAAUGCCAGAGCGCUGAAUGGCUUUACUCCUCUCCAUAUUGCCUGUAAGAAGAACCACGUGCGCUCCAUGGACCUGCUGCUCAAGCACUCGGCGUCUCUGGAGGCUGUCACUGAGUCUGGUCUGACGCCUCUGCAUGUGGCAGCCUUCAUGGGCCACCUGAACAUAGUGAAGCACCUGCUGGCCAGGGGAGCGUCUCCCAACGCGUCUAACGUGAAAGUGGAGACUCCUCUCCACAUGGCGUCGCGAGCGGGACAUUGCGAGGUGGCCCAGUUCUUGCUGCAGAACGCCGCCCAGGUGGACGCCAAAGCUAAGGAUGACCAAACCCCCCUGCACUGUGCGGCCCGCAUGGGCCACAAGGAGCUGGUCAACCUCCUGCUGGAGCACAAGGCCGACCCCGACUCGGCCACCACGGCCGGCCACACCCCCCUCCACAUCGCUGCGCGGGAGGGACACGCCCAGACCACGCGCAUCCUGCUGGACGGCAAUGCCCAGCAGACCAAGAUGACCAAGAAAGGCUUCACGCCGCUGCAUGUGGCCUGUAAGUACGGUAAAGUGGAUGUGGCUGAGUUACUGUUGGAGCGAGGAGCCAAUCCCAAUGCAGCUGGAAAGCAAAAUGGCUUGACUCCUCUGCAUGUGGCCGUCCAUCACAACAACUUGGAUGUGGUCACGCUGCUGGUCAGCAAGGGGGGCUCUCCACACAGUCCUGCCCGAAACGGCUACACGCCCCUGCACAUCGCCGCUAAGCAGAACCAGCUGGAGGUGGCGGGCUGUCUUCUGCAGCACGGCGCUAACGCUAACUCCGAGUCCCUGCAGGGCAUCACCCCCCUGCACCUGGCCUCGCAGGAGGGCAGCCCCGACAUGGUGGCCCUCCUCAUCUCCAAGCAGGCCAACGUCAACCUGGGCAACAAGAACGGGCUGACUCCGCUGCAUCUGGUGGCGCAGGAGGGGCACGUGGGUAUCGCUGACAUGCUGGUCAAGCAGGGAGCCUCAGUGUAUGCCGCAUCACGGAUGGGCUAUACUCCGCUCCAUGUGUCAUGUCACUAUGGCAACAUCAAGAUGGUGAAGUUCCUGCUGCAGCAGCAAGCCCACGUGAACAGCAAGACCAGAGUGGGCUACACUCCCCUGCACCAGGCAGCCCAGCAGGGCCACACAGACAUAGUCACCCUGCUGCUGAAGCACGGAGCUCUGCCCAAUGAAAUCACCACAAACGGGACCUCUCCUCUGGGCAUUGCCAAGCGCCUCGGCUACAUCUCUGUCAUCGACGUGCUCAAGCUGGUGACGGAGGAGUCCGUGUCCAUGAUCACCACGGAGAAGCAUCGCAUGAGCUUCCCGGAGACGGUGGAUGAGAUCCUGGACGUGUCGGAGGAUGAGGGAGUUGCACAGCUAACAUUAGGUGAUGAGUUGUUGGGUAUGGAUGGGGCGCGAUGUCUGAAGCUGGACGAUCUCAAAGACCAGGACGACGACUUCCUGUCCCCCAAGAAAACCCUCCGAGACUUUGAGAGUGGGCUGGGCACCACGCCGUAUUCUCCAGCAAUUCCCAGAAUCCCUUGCGUGUCUCCAGAAACGGUCAUGCUAGAUCAGCACACUCCUAUCCCCCUGCCUAAGGAGUAUGACGAGGACUCUCUGAUCCCCAGCAGUCCUGCUACGGAGACCUCAGAUAAUGUCAGCCCUGUAGCCAGUCCCAUACACACUGGGUUCCUGGUGAGCUUCAUGGUGGAUGCGCGGGGCGGGUCUAUGCGGGGCAGCCGGCACAACGGCCUGCGGGUCAUCAUCCCGCCGCGCACGUGUGCCGCCCCUACCCGCAUCACCUGCCGCUUGGUCAAGCCCCAGAAACUCACCACACCACCCCCCCUAGUGGAGGGAGAGGGACUUGCCAGCAGGAUCAUCUCACUAGGACCCUCCAGCAUGCAGUUCCUAGGGCCGGUGAUAGUGGAGAUCCCUCACUUUGCCUCUCUUGGCCGGGGGGAUCGAGAGCUGGUGGUGCUACGCAGUGAGAACGGCUCUGUCUGGAAGGAGCACCGCAAUCGUUACGGAGAUGAUGUCCUUGAGACCAUCCUCAACGGCAUGGAUGAAGACCUAGAGAGUCAGGAGGAGCUGGAGAAGAAGCGCAUCAGGCGCAUCAUCUCCACCGACUUCCCGCUCUACUUUGCCGUGGUCUCCCGCAUCCAACAGGAGAGUGACCUGAUUGGCCCAGAGGGCGGCCAGCUGACCAGCAAGCUGGUGCCGCAGGUGCAGGCCAUCUUCCCGGAGACGGCCGUCACUAAGCGCGUCCGUCUGGGCCUACAGGCUCAGCCAAUCCCUGACGAGCUAGUAACCAGGCAGUUGGGCAACCAGGCGACCUUCAGCCCUGUGGUGACGGUGGAGCCGCGGAGACGCAAGUUCCACCGCCCCAUUGGCCUGAGGGUCCCUCUGCCCCCAUCCUGGAGGGAGAGUCCACGGGAUGCCGGUGAAGGGGACACCACCAGCCUGCGCCUCCUCUGCAGCGUCAUUGGUGGAACAGCCCCUGCCCAGUGGGAGGACAUCACAGGCACCACCAAGCUCAUGUACUCCAACAACUGUGCCAGCUUCACCACCAACGUGUCCGCUAGAUUCUGGCUGGCCGACUGCCCUCGGACGGCAGAGGCCGUCACCUUUGCCAACCUGCUGUACCGCGAGCUGAUGUCCGUGCCCUACAUGGCAAAGUUCGUGGUGUUCGCCAAGAUGAACGAGGCGCGCGAGGGCCGCCUACGCUGCUACUGCAUGACCGACGACAAGAUGGACAAGACUCUGGAGCUUCACGAGAACUUCAGCGAAGUGGCCCGCAGCCGCGACAUCGAGGUGAUGGAGGGCAUGGCACUGCAUCUAGAAUGUUCUGGGAACCUGGUGCCCAUACGAAAGGCUACUCAACAGCCUCGCAGCUUCAGUUUCCAGGCCUUCAGAGACAACCGACUGCCCGUCUCUGUCAAGGUGCGAGACAGUAACAAGGAAGCCACUGGGUUUCUGUCCUUCCUGCGCAAGUCCACCAAAUAUGAGGACACUCAGCAUGUCCUUUGUAACCUCAACAUCACCAUGCCACCUGCCAUCAAGGUGGUGGGCAGCGAGGAACGCCGGCGAACUUUGACCCCUCUUGCCCUGCGGGAGCGCUACAGCGCGCUGAGCGAGCCAGGCCUGGCCGCUGUGAAUGCCAUGGAGAGGACCGAGCUGAAGAUCUCCAUCAUAGCAGAGCAGCUGGGACUCAGCUGGGCAGAGCUGGCUCGUGAGUUGCAGUUCGGGGUGGAUGACAUCAACCGGAUCCGGGUGGAGAACCCCAACUCCCUGCUGGAUCAGAGCUCAGUGCUGCUCAGCCUAUGGGCCAGCCGCGAGGGCAAGAGAGCCAAGAUGGAGAACCUCUAUGGCGCUCUGAAAAACAUUGACCGGAUGGACAUUGUGAAGACCCUGGAGAUGCAGGCUCCACAGGCCAUCCCUGAGUGCAUGGAGGAGGGAGCAAGUCGGCUGACUGACCGCGACUCCUCCCUCCUCUCCCCCAGCGUGAUCAAUGGUUACGGCCUGGUGCAGGAGGAGCUCCUCUCCCCGGCCUCGCUGCAGUACAGCCUGCCCUCGCCGCUGGGCGUGGAGCCGUACUACGGCCUGGAGUGCGCGCCCAUCGCGGCCACCGAGGAGGACGCCAUGCUGGAGAUGAUGUCCGACGUGCAGGUGUGGCCGGCGGGCAUCAGCCCCUCGCUCGUGACGGUGGAGGACUCGUCGCUGGAGGGGGGCAGCAGCCGCGCCGACGACUCGGAGGGCAACACGCUGAGCCUGCCCUGUAGUAGCCUGGGCCGGCCCAGCUCGGGCGCCAGCGGCGCCUCGGGCUCCAUCAUGGAGCUGGAGGAAGAGGAGGAGGAGGAGGAGGUGUUGGAUGGCGACGAGGACGGCAACGCCGCCACGCACUACCUCCACCUCGAGGCCCCCGUGGCGAUGGGCUCCACGGCAGAGCUGGCAGCAGCGGCGGCGGCAAGAGCCGGCGGGGCGGGCGCCGUGCCCAAGGUCAACUUCAACGGACAGGUCAUGGGUCAGAGGUCGGAGGGCAGGAGGGCAGAGGUGGCGGGCGGUGGCAUGAUGAUGGGGGCAGCGAGAGGAGGGCAGCAGAUCUACGCCCAGCUGUAUGAGAGGACGGGACUGAGCCGGGCGAACGAGCACAAUGGAGACAGGCUGAGCAGUGGCGCCUUUCAGCCUUACGCGAUGUCAUCAACCCACGACCACAGCCAAUCGCGUGUCUCCCAGGAGGCACUGCUGACGCCAGUGUGCGACACGGGCCACUCGGAGGUCCUGCGAGGUCGUCUGCUUGGCACGCAGCCCUUCGAGAAGGGCCUCGGCUUCUCGCACCACCAGCAAGGGGAGCUCCACUCCUGGGACCACGACAGGCGGAAGAGAGAAGAAGGUGUCGAUUUCCCCGUGGAGCCUCAGUUCACAGACGAACACGGAAAUGUAGUUGCAAAGCUGGGUGUGGAUGUGAAGAGGGAAUUGCAGACAGUGAAGCAUUCCAGUCUGCGGAGAUUAAAGCACUGAAACAAAUACACACAGUCCUGAAGGGUCGGACAUCCACUGCCAAACCAUCAGUCACCAACACGCAGCUGGGAGACAGAACGAAACAGGUGGAGAAGAAGAGAAGAGGGGAUGGAAAACCCCCCAAGUGAAUAACAAGAGCGCCCCCUAUUGACAGACAGACAUCCGAAAAAACCACGAAACCAUCAUUGAUUACCACUGCAUAAAAGAUGGGGGAAAAUGUGGAAAGGACAUCUACCUGUAGUUUUGUAACAUUUUUAACAACAACAGAAGAAACAAAACAUAACAAAAAACAGAUAAACACACAAAGAACAACAAAAAAAACACAACUAGUAUAGGGCAUGCAAAUUUUUGUACAAAAUGUGAAGGAAAAAAACAAAAAAAGCAAACAAAAAAGUGCUUCCUGUCAACUGUAUACGCAUGAUUGACUGCUGGUGCAUGACCUAUGACCUGUCAUUAUCUAAGAAAAAAGAAACUAUCAAAAAAAGGAUACUAAGCAAAGGGUCGUCCCAGGAUUUGUGUUGGGGGGGGGGUUGAAGUUAUCAUGGACCUAUACUGCAAACCGAAGGCAUUUCCAUUGCAAAAGGGAGACUUAAAACACUAUAUUGCUCUAAAAAAAGCAACAGUUCUUUUUUUCCUUGACAGUCAGAAAGACAACCAAACAACUUAGUUGAAACUGAGCCAGUUGAUAUCCCACUCCCUCAUCCUGCAGAUCCUUUAUCCUGUUCCUACGUGGUAUAUGCACUCUAUGGUCUAUGUGAGUGUGUGUGUGUGUGUGUGUGUGUGUGUGUGUGUGUGUAUACUGUAAGAGAGAGAGAAAGAGACAGAGAGAGAGCGUCUGUGUGGGUGUGUGUUGGUGUGUCAGCAUGUGUACUCGCUUCUAGCUUGGCACUGAACCCUCUCCUGAUUGGUCCAUGUUUUUUGUGACUAUAUGUCAAGACGUUUUUGGUGUGGGAAUGAGGACUUAAAAAAAAUGACUGCUUUUCUGCUUUAUAAACGUUUAUGUGUGUGUGCGUGUGUCUGAGUGUGCUUGCAUGUGUGUGCGUCCGCAUUUAACUGAGCCUUGUUCCGUUUCCCUUUGUGUAAAGAAAACUAUAAAUUGUAUUGUUUGUGUUUUGCUC